AAUUUAUGUCGCAAAAUAAAGUUUUCUGCAUCCAUCGAGUAAAAUGGCUGAGAAUGUUGAAUCGAUCCCCAUAUCAGAGGAAAAAAAUGCCGAAAAGAACGAAGGAGAAAAACCUCAAAAGAUUGAGAGACCACGUAUGACUCAUUUGCUGCAAUGGAUGGAAAUCACUGUGUCAGAGCCAGAAAAAAGGACUGUGGCAUCUAUGAAGAUGCAGGACACAUUUAUUGUUUAUCUGGUGGAGACAAGAGUGACAGAUCCUCAAAUGCGAGGCUAUGGGGAGGGAGCUACAUCUGUUUGGCGACGAUACAGUGAAUUUGAACUCCUUCGAAACUACCUGGACAUCACUUUUCCUACUGUUGUUGUUCCACCCUUGCCUGAGAAGAAGGCAUCAUACGCUUGGCAAAAUGCUUCUACAGACAAGUUCGACCCAGACUUUGUAGAACGACGACGUGCUGCGCUUGAGAUAUUUUUGUUGAGAGUGGCAGCACAUCCCAAACUUUGUCAAGAUAAGAUAUUCACUGGCUUCCUUAAAGAAGAAAAUGGCUGGAAGGAGACAGUUUAUGCUACAGACUUUCAAAGCAAGGCUGAAUCAAGACUGAAAGCACUGAAUGCAGCAUUUCGCCUAAAGAAACCUGAUCGUCGCUUUGAGGAGCUGAAAAACUAUAGUAAUGAACUGCAAAACAACAUUGCAAAUAUUCUUAAAAUACGUGUGCGAUUAUGUGACAAGCUGUAUGGAAUUCACAAGGUGCAUGCUAAUUAUGCACGAGUUUUUCAUGAGUGGAGUCUGAUAGAAAAGGACAUUGCACAGCCACUGCAAAGUGCUGGACACUACAUGGAUGUCUACGCUUCAUCAGUGGAUGCAGCUCUGGAAGAAGAAGAACAGUAUGCUGACCAGCUUAAAGAAUAUUAUGCCUUUGGAGAUUCUUUAAGGUCAGUGUGCAGACGCUAUGAAUGUACCCAGUAUGACCUUGAGAGAGCAGAAGACACAUUAUCAUCCAGAGCAAGUCAGCGUGAUCUACUGCGUGCAGCCAUUUAUGGCUUGGAGCCACCAGUGGCACAUGGAAAAGGUGCCAGUUCAUUCUCACUCAGUGGCAUGAAGAGUAAACUUUUUGGGGGAGAUACUCCGGAGCAGCGUGAGACAAAACUCAAGCAGCUGGAGGAACAGAUAGUACAAGCAGAAGUAGAACUUAAACGUUCUACAGAAGAAACACAGGCAUUUAUAGAGGCAUCUCUUCGUGAUAUUGACCGUUUCAAACGACAAAAAGUAAAAGAUUUGCGUGAGAUCUUUACCAAUUAUGCUGUCAUGCAGAUCAAACAAUGUAAAAAGGGCAUUGCUAUCUGGACAAGUGCCAAAGACUGUUUCAGUAAGAUGUGAUGUACAGUGCAACCAAAGGAAGAAGGAACAUUUUUUGCAGUACUGUUUGAUACAUAAUAUCAAAUAGCUUUGUUCCUCUUGCAUCAAGAACCAUUGAUUUAUCACAUCGGAAAGAAUGACUAGUAAACAAUCAUUGCAUAUGUGAUGAGAACAGCUGAUGUACUGUUAAACAACUGACAAAGAAGGUGUUAAAGUAAUUGCCCUAAAGGGAUGAACGUAGAUAAAAUAAUCAUAGAGUGGGUGCAUUGUUGUUGUCUUGACUUUUCUUUUUUAAGAAAAUGUGUACAGUAAUGGAAGAGAAAGAAAUCUUUUGCCAUGAA